AGGCGAGUACUACCUCAAGCUUAGCAAAACCAACUUUGUUUGCAGAGAGAAUUGAUUAAGAAAGGUGGUGGAACAAUGGGUCGUAGCAGUUUGUCAAUGGUUUUAAGCGUUGUGGUUCUAACAUUUUCAUGGAUGAUGAUUGAGUCAAGGAUCGCAGUGGCACGCGUGGUGCCAAAAUCAGAGCUUCCAUUGGACUCGAAAACUGCGGUACCUACUCUUCCAGUGCCACUGCCGGUGUCACUUCCUGAUCUGCCAACUCUGCCGGUGCCAGUUCCUAAUCCUUCGGUGCCAGUUCCUUCCCUGCCAGUGCCAACUACUUCCCUGCCGUCCCUGCCGUCCCUGCCGUCCCUGCCGUCCCUGCCGGUCCUGCCAAUUCCAACGCUAAAGGUUGAAGGUGUGAAAAUCCCAUGAGCACUUACAUUUCCUGAAAUGUAUCAGUUUUACUACUACUACUACUACUGCUUUUGUUCCAGUGACUUCCACUGUUACUCAUUCACUCUACUGUUUACAUUUUGUUCUUCUUGUUCUUGUCCAAGGUUGUUUAAAUUGUACUUACUUUAGUUGUCAUUCAAUAAUGUAAUCUUCAGUUUAUAUUAUAUGUUGUUUCACUCACUUUA